AUGAACGAAGUGUUUUUCUCGGGAAUAGAAAAACCACGUUGGAUACUAUUUGGUGAUUCCUAUUCUGGUGCACUUGCAGCAUGGUUUCGUGAAAUGAACGAAGAUCUUACUAUUGCAGCAAUUGUAUCAUCUGGUGUGGUUCAAGCUGAAGUCGAUUAUUAUGAUCAUACCAAAAAUUUGGAAUAUGUAUUGAAGGAGGAGAAUGCACCGUGCGCUGAAACUAUUCGAUUGGGUAUGAAAGCACUGAUUGAAAAAACAUAUACCGCAGAUGGUAGGGCAGAAUUAGGAAAGGUUUUUAACAUGUGCGUACCAUUUACGGAGCCAUCAAUAUCAAAAGAUAUACAACUUUUUCUUGCAAGUGUUUUGUCUUUAUUUGGUGCUUUUAUACAGUAUGCAGGAGGAUGUCGAAUUCCCGAUGUGUCUUAUUUUUGUAAUCUAAUAACGCAUGGUGGUGACACAGAUGGUAUUGGGAUAAUUUUGAAUACCUGGAAAAUUCAUGAUCAAGUAUUUCAAUCUGAAGAAUGCUUUGAUCAAAGCUAUGCAAACCAUUUGGAAAAAUUGAGUGAUAUCAGUUUGGUGCAUAAUGAAUUUGUAUCGUAUCGUAGUUGGCUAUGGCUUUCCUGUACAGAACUUGGCUUUUUCAUUACAACAGACAAUGGAAAAAGCAUAUUUGGAUCAUCUGUAUCACUUGAUUAUUUUAUCGAUAAAUGCAUGGACGUAUUCGAUGUGCAGUAUGAUGCGGAACGUGUUCGUGAUGGCGUACGCAAUACAUUGCGUACAUUUGGAGGUUAUGAUAAUUAUAGAGGUAGCAAUACGAUAUUUGCAACUGGUUCAUAUGAUCCAUGGAAAUCAGCUUGUUGUUUGAAUUGUACUGAUAUUACAAGAAAUGUUUACUCUUUUAUAAUUGAAGGUGGUUCUCAUUGCAUUGACACAUGUCCUGUCAAUUUCAUCAAUUUACCAGCAUUAGAUGAUUAUCGAAUAUUUCUUGAUGAAAAAAUAGAAAUGUUUAUUGCGGAAAGCUCUACAACCAAUGAUAGUUACAAUAGCAAAAACAAUAAUAGCAAUAACAAUAACAAUUAA